GAAACUUCUCUGAAUAACAACUUAUAUUCAUCUAGGCAACGGAGGUGUUAAUAUCACGUAGACAUCAUAUGAAGUCUGUGACAGCAUAUCCCGCUGGCUAGAAUGUUGGUGAUCAAUCUGGGGGUGGGGUCCCUUGUCAACUGCUUAAGCCGUUCUAAACCAACCUUAUUUUCCCUGAUGGUCCCAAGGGUUGCAUUGGAUCAUCCCUUCCUUUGUCUCCCUCCCCACCCCUUGAAUCCUCACCUUCCGUUUCUCUCUUCAAAUUCCUUCUCUCCCCAACUACUAAUGUCUCCUGUUUCACGGCGGCCCUUUAGGCCUUCUUGCGAAUCCACAAAUGACUAAUCUAUCACGUCUUCGUCACCUAAUUUCUGGUAGAUCAUCUCUACAUCCAACGGGCUUAUUGUUAGGCGUAUUCAGUGUUCUUUACCUCCUCUCAAUCAGCUAUUACCGUUCAACAAGCUACCGCGACCCUACAUCCAAUUUUUUCGAUCCAAAUCGUGCCUACGAACAACGCUACUCCGCCCACCGAAUCCAGGAAGCGAAGACUUUUCUCAGCAGGGCUGGCGAUUUCCCUUCCCGAGCAAAGCCACUCAGUAAUAGUCAGGCUACAAUUUGCGUGGGGAUAGUGACGGUUCGCCGAAGAAGAGCACAGUAUGUAGGGUUGACAAUCGCCUCCCUUCUGGGGGGUCUUACCGAAUCGGAACGAGACACUAUAUUCCUUGAUCUGCUCAUUGGACAUACUGAUCCCUCUACCCACCCAAUUUUCUCGGAGAAGUGGGUAGAAGUCCUACCCGACCGCGUCCUCCUGUACCCGAAAGAGGAUGACCCCGAUUACGAGCAAAUCCGCGAAUGGGAGGAAGGAGGAUGGUAUCGCAACAAGACCAUCUACGAUUUUACGCAUUUGAUGAAGGAUUGUUAUGAUACUGGUGCAGAUUAUGUCGCUAUGGUUGAAGAUGAUACAUUGGCUGCCAAGGGCUGGCUUUCUUCUACGCUACACGCACUUGACGUGAUCCAGCAGCGCAGCAUAGCAGGGCAAGACUGGGUCUAUCUUCGCCUCUUCUAUAUUGAUGACCUGCUUGGUUGGAAUUCGGAGGAGUGGCCGAGAUAUUAUGCAUUGUCUUUUGUUGCCUGGGCAGCCGCAACAGGGUUCGUGGUGUUCAUGAAGAGAAGGUUUUUCAAAACAACACCCUCGAGUGCGAUCUGGAUAAUAUCCCUUCUUUUUAUUCCAGCAUUCAUCGGACUACACUUCAUCGCAGGACGGCAGACAAUCUGGCCCAUUCGUCCCGGCGUCCAUGAAAUGAACAAAUACGGAUGCUGCUCGCAGGGCCUGGUAUUUCCGCGUUCGAUAGUGCCGCGAUUUCUGGAACAUACCGACCUAACCACCGACUGGUUGGUUGAUAUGAUGGUCGAGAAGAUUGCCGACAAAGAGGAAUGGAAUCGUUAUGUGGUAGUGCCCCCAGUCCUCCAACAUAUCGGUUCAGUUACUAUUCUCGCCGCCACAUUCUCCCAGACCAGUUACGCAAGCCUGUUAGCGGAGGACGCUGUAGCUGCGUAUCUGAAUAGCGAACAACAACAACAACAACAACAACAACAACAGCGCUACGCACGUCUGCAGAAUCAAUACGGUCAUCUAACUGGUAGGACAAGCUCCAGUGAUAACAACGUGGGCCAGGCAGCCAGCUGCGGGGAGGCGCUACCUUCAAAAGGUAGGCGGAGCGUAGCGCCAGAGAGGCCAGUACCGCCAUUCAGACGAAGAUGUGAGGAUCCAGGUGGUCUUACAUUCACCAACUACCCCGAAAAUGUGGGGUAG